AUGUGGCCCCAGCUGGUCCUGCUGCUUUUGCUACCCGCCUUUGUCCUGGUGCCCCCCUCCACAGCCGCCCCAAUCCAUGAUGAUGACUCACAAGAGAGCUCCUUGGGCUUGCUAGGCCUCCAGAGCCUACUUCAAGGCUUCAGCCGGCUUUUCCUGAAAGAUGACCUGCUUCGGGGCAUGGACAGCUUCUUCUCGGCCCCCAUGGAUUUCCGGGGCCUCCCCAGGAACUACCACCAAGAGGAGAACCAGGAGCGCCGGCUGGGAAACAACACCCUCUCCAGCCACCACCAGCUUGACAAGAUGACCGACAAUAAUACAGGAGAGGUGCUGAUCUCUGAGAAGGUGGUAGCAUCCAUCCAGCCUGCGGAGGGGAGCUUGGAGGGUGACUGGAAGGUGCCCAAGAUGAAGGAGAAGGGGGCCCUGGUACCUGUCCAGAAGGUUGUGGAUGAAGCCCAUGAUGUCCACGUGGUGCCCCGUCCCCGGGUGUCCUUCUGGAUCAUGAAACUACCCCAGAGGAGGUCCUAUCAGGAUGCACAGGAGGGGGGCCACUGGCUCAGUGAGAAGCGACACCGGCUGCAGGCAAUCCGAGACGGGCUUCGUGAGGGUACCCAUGAGGACCUCUCCGACGAGGGCCCUCAAUUCUCCUUGCACCCCAGGCUGCCUGCCCGCAAGGCCCGCUUCCUGUACAUCUUCAGGCCUUUCCAGCAGCUCUAG